CACCUUUCUCACACAACCCAUGACCCAACUAAAUGUUCGUCUGUAUCAGCUGUUAAAACACGUACGAUUACUGACCCAAACUAAGCAAAUUCACGCCCAAAUCGUAUUUAGAUCAUUAGGAGGGAGCAAUAAUCUAAUCGGAGAAUUAAUUCGGUCAUACAGAACGCACGGAAAACUUAAAUCCGUACGGAAGGUGUUCAGUGAAUACCCAUCAUUACCACCCACUUUUUUAUGGAAUCUCGUCAUUCAAGCUUAUUCCAAAACAUCGUUCACCGAAGAAUCACUGUAUCUUUUCAAAGAGAUGCUUCUGUAUGGUGGUCGCCAUUCUUUAGCGGUUCCAGAUGAUUACACCUUUACAUUUACGAUUACAGCUUGUUCACGCCAGCGAACAUUGUUGGCUUUUGGUCAAAACUGUCAUACCAUGGUGAUUAAACAUGGGUAUGAUUCGGAUGUAUGUGUGGGCAAUGCUUUAGUGAGUAUGUAUGUUGUGUAUUCAAGAACGGUUUCUGCCCAGAAAGUGUUCGAUGAAAUGCCUCAACGAGAUACAAUCACCUGGACUAGUUUGGUUAAAGGGUAUGCUAUGAAUGGCAACAUGCCUCAAGCUGAAAAACUGUUCAUAAAAAUGCCUGACAGAAACGAGGUGUCAUGGGCGGUGAUGAUCGCUGGUUACGUCGGGCACGAGAUGUAUAAUGAUGCUCUAAGGUGUUUUAACGACAUGUUGGCUGAAGGUAAUCUCGAGCCUAAUGAAGCAAUUUUUGUUAGCGUGCUAUCGGCUUGUGCUCAUCUUGGUCAAAUCAGCCAAGGAAAAUGGAUACAUUUUUACAUAGACAAAAAUGGCGUUCCAAAAAGCUCGAACAUCGCAACUUCUCUAAUCGAUAUGUAUGCAAAAUGCGGGAAAAUAGAUUGCGCAAAACAAGUCUUUGAUGAAACCGACAGACGAGAUCUUCUGACAUGGACGAGCUUGAUUUCAGGAUUAUCGAUGCACGGGCUUGGUAGAGAAGCACUCCAGAUGUUCGAUGAAAUGCUAGCAAAAGGCAUCAAGCCAGAUAACGUCACGCUUGUUAGCAUUCUUAAUGCGUGUAGCCAUUCGGGCCAAGUUGAAGAAGGGAUUGCGAUCUUUUACAAUAUGGAGCGUUUAUGGGGGAUUUCUCCGAAAAUUGAGCAUUUCGGAUGCUUGAUAGACCUUCUGAGUCGUGCAAACCGACUUGAAGAUGCAUUCAAAGCCGUCAAAACGAUGGAUAUGGAUCCUGAUGUCAUUAUCUGGAGAGCCCUCUUGAGUGCUUGUAGAGUUCAUGGAAAUGCAGGUCUCGCAGAGAGAAUUAUCCAUCAUGUUAUCAAAGCAGGUGACGGAGGAGGUGAAGGGCAUCUUCUGCUUUCGAAUCUGUAUGCAUCUUUGGGACAAUGGGAGAACGUACGACGAAUAAGGGAAUCCAAGAUCGAGAAAGAGGAUAUUUCGACCCCGGGUUGUAGUUAUAUUGAGAUCGAUAGUGUCGUACAUGAAUUUCUUGCUGCAGAUAAGCUACAUCCGCGGAUAGCGGAGAUAAAUUUGAAGUUAAAUGAGGUUAUGAAGAGGAUUAGUUUGGAUUAAUGAGCUCUGUAGAGAAGAAUUUGAGAAUAUGUGAAGAAUAUCACUCUGCUAUGAAGUCGAUCUCGUUCUUUUUCAAGCGGGAAUCGUCGUGAGGGAUUGUUCACGCUUCCAUGCGUUCAGAGACAGACACUGCUCGUGUGAUGAUUACUGGUAAGAAAGUAUGCAAUAUGGCAUCAAUUGAAAGAGAAAAUUGUCAGAAUUAAAUGUUUCACAAACGAGAUUGAA